AGGCGCGCAACACCGACAGUUGUCUGCAGGCAAAGAUGGCGGUGCGGAAGAAAGACGGCGGCCCGAAUGUUAAAUAUUUCGAAGCAUCUGACACCGUUUCUCAGUUUGAUAAUGUCCGCGUCUGGUUGGGAAAGAAUUACAAAAAGUACAUCCAGGCUGAGCCUCCCACCAACAAGUCUCUGUCCAGCCUGGUGGUCCAGCUGCUGCAGUUCCAAGAGGAGGUGUUUGGCAGACAUGUCAGCAACCCCCCACUCACCAAGCUGCCGAUGAAAUGUUUUCUGGACUUUAAGUCUGGGGGGGCUCUGUGUCACAUCCUGGCUGCAGCCUACAAGUUCAAAAGUGAUCAAGGAUGGCGCAGGUUUGACUUCCAGAAUCCAUCGAGGAUGGACCGAAACGUUGAGAUGUUUAUGACGAUUGAAAAAUCUCUGGUGCAGAACCACUGUCUGUCACGACCAGUCAUCUACCUGAGCUCUGACAUCGAUCCAAAGCUGCUGGGGAAACUGAAAGACAUCAUCAAAAGGCAUCAGGGCUCAGUGGCGGAGGACAAAUCAAACAGCUCCCAUAUUGUGGUUCCCAUCCCUGCCAGUCUAGAAGAAGAGGAAUGGGUGCGUCCUGUGAUGAAGAGAGAUAAACAAGUUCUCCUCCACUGGGGAUAUUUUCCAGACAGUUAUGACACCUGGAUUCCAGCCAGUGAAAUCGAGGCUGCAGUGGAGGAUCCUCCAACUCCAGAGAAGCCCAGGAAGGUCCAUGCAAAGUGGAUUUUAGAUUUGGACCAGUACAACGAGUGGAUGAACGAGGAGGACUAUGAGGUUGGAGAGGGCUGUCCUAAGAGGAAGAGGAUCUCUGCCAAGACCCUGACGGAUGAGGUGACCACACCUGAUGAGCGGAGAGACAAGAAACCGAGCAGUGCCAAGAAGCGAAAACGCUCCCCAUCGCCUUCCCCCACCCCUCCACCCCAGGAGAGCAAAAAGAAGAACACCAAAAAAGGACCAACAACCCCAUACACCAAGUCUAAACGAGGCCAGAGAGAGGAGGAACAGGAGGAUCUGUCCAAGGACCUGGAUGAAACGUCACCUGUUCCACCGUCUGAAGAUGGGAAUGCAGCAAAGACAAAUAAUACCAAGAAAGACUCAGAUUCCACUCCAGUCAAGGGAGGAACUGACAUGGAUGAGCAAGAGGACGAGUCCAUGGAAACCACAGGGAAGGAAGAGGAGGAAGGCUCUCCGAGUGUGAAGGGGGAGCCAGUGAAGAGUUCAGAUCUUCACGAGGACAACGUGACUGAACAAACGCACCACAUCAUCAUACCAAGCUAUGCUGCCUGGUUUGACUACAACAGUGUUCAUGCCAUCGAGCGCAGAGCCCUUCCUGAGUUUUUCAAUGGGAAGAACAAAUCCAAAACUCCUGAGAUUUAUCUGGCGUACAGAAACUUCAUGAUUGACACCUACAGACUAAACCCUCAGGAGUAUCUGACCUCCACCGCCUGCCGUAGGAACUUGGCGGGAGAUGUGUGCGCCAUCAUGAGAGUCCAUGCCUUUUUGGAACAAUGGGGGCUGAUCAACUACCAAGUGGACUCUGAAAGUCGGCCCACACCGAUGGGACCCCCACCCACCUCUCACUUCCAUGUCCUGGCGGACACCCCAUCCAGUUUAGUUCCACUGCAGCCCAAGACCUCCCAGACUCCUGCCCCCCAGCCAAUUAUGUCUUUUCCUGAUAAAAUGAAGGAGAAGCCAACAGACCUGCAGAACUUUGGGCUGCGGACUGACAUGUACAGCAAGAAAACUUGCUCUGUGAAGAGCAAGAGUGCAGCGAGUUCCAUGAGGGAGUGGACAGAACAAGAAACGCUACUACUCCUUGAGGGUUUGGAGAUGUACAAGGAUGACUGGAACAAAGUGUCUGAACACGUGGGCAGCCGUACACAGGACGAGUGCAUUCUGCACUUCCUGCGGCUGCCCAUUGAAGAUCCAUACUUGGAGGACAGCUCCUCAUCGAUGGGCCCUCUGGCCUAUCAGCCGGUACCCUUCAGCCAAGCAGGAAACCCCGUCAUGAGCACUGUGGCCUUCCUCGCCUCUGUUGUUGACCCACGUGUGGCGUCCGCUGCGGCCAAGUCGGCUCUCGAGGAAUUCUCUCGGAUGAAGGAGGAAGUUCCUGCUGCGCUUGUUGAGGCCCACGUACGGCGGGUGGAGGAAGCGGCGAGGGUCAGUGGCCGACAGGAUCCGCUCUAUGGUUUGGAAGGUAGCGGCAUCGCAGGAACUGGCUUGGAGGAAGGAGAGCGUCCUGGUAGGUUUGAAUCCACUGCAUUCAAACUGCACAACACAGAAACCCUACGAGUGCAGCGACAUUUAACUGCUGGACUUGUCUUCCCCUCAGAGGAAAGCAACGAUGAAAGCAAAAAUGACAACCAGUCAAAUGAAGAGAAGAAAGAGGCCAAAGACAGCAAAGAAGGAACGAUGGUGGAAGAGGAGAAGCAUACAGAGAAUGAGAAGAAGGAAGAAGAGAAAGGAAGAGAGGCUGAAGGAGACAGGGAAGGAGACAAGACAGAGGCGGAAAUAGGCAAUGAGGAGAAGGAAAAAGACAGAAAAGAGGAAACAGAAGAGGGACAAAGAGAAGGAGAGAGUGAUGGAGAAAGAAAGGCGAAAGUGGAACGGGAUGUAGGAGAAGGAAACCUGGCGACUGCUGCCGCCUCUGCUUUAGCAGCUGCUGCUGUCAAAGCCAAGCAUUUAGCCGCAGUGGAAGAGAGGAAGAUCAAAUCCUUGGUGGCUCUGCUGGUGGAGACCCAAAUGAAGAAGCUUGAGAUUAAACUACGACAUUUUGAAGAACUGGAAACCAUUAUGGACAGAGAGAGGGAGGCUCUGGAGUACCAGCGGCAGCAGCUGCUCGCCGACCGCCAGUCCUUCCACAUGGAGCAGCUGAAGUACGCAGAAAUGAGAGCGCGUCAGCAGCACUUCCAGCAGAUUCAGCACCAGCAGCACAGCCAAGCUGGGGGCCCCCACACCAACCAGGCUGCCCCGGGCCAGCCUCCACAAAACAUUACUUCAAGUCAGCAAGCUUCCAGCACACCAGCACCGCAGGCAGCCCCUAGUCCUGCACCACCAGCAUCUGCAGCCGCGGCCCCUGAGUCCCAACCACAUCCAGGGGCCCACACCUCUCCGCCCUGCCCACCUGGUCAGGUCCCAGCCGCCCACUCCAGCACUACACCUGCACUCAACGAACCAAGUGCUCCUGUUCCUGGGGAGACACUUCACCCUCCAGCUCCGGUCCCCCCCCCACAGUGAGAAUCUAAAGGACUGCCCCCACCUCAAAAUCUGCCUGCAAUCACCUGAGAGGAAGAAGUUCUCCAUUGUGGAAGAGAAAGCAUUUUACCUUUUCAUUUGUGAUGGCAGAAGGAAAAACACCAAACUUCUGUUUGCUGUUCUGGCAAAAGGAAGUUCUUUUCACGUAAAUGUAUUUGAAGGGUCAUGCGAGCUCAGCUGGACGGCAUCUUCAGUCGGAGGUUUUAGCUCACCGCCUGGGUUCUGGUGCACAUAGAUAGUCUUACUAACAUGCCAGCAUUCAAGGAGAAGAAAAGACUCAUCUUUGGUUGUCAGUGUUUUUUAUUUUUAUUACAUCAUGACAGUUUUACAUGUCAUAUCUUACUUAAUAUGUCCCCUUCCUGUGUAAAGUAGGUACGUAUUCAGAAACAAAGCACUUUUACUGUUUGCAGAGGUCUCACUGACAGACUUGAAGUGUCCAGCAAAACAAACAGAAGCACUUAUAUCCUUCUUUUUGUCAUUUUAAAUACUUGUUUUUCUAGAGAAGCUUUUGGAUCCCUAAUUGGAAGUCUUUUGCUUUAAUCUUGUUUUUGUCAUGUGGACAAACGGUUAUUGUACAGGGUCAAGCCUGGGGAUUACAUGUCUAAUACCAAUGAAAAAGUCUGGAAUGAUGGGAAAAAAAAAGGUUUUCAUCAAAAAAAAGCAAGUUUGAGAGUAAAAUUGGACUUGAGAACUUUAAAUGGAUUUGCUGUUACAAACAGACUUUCUGUUCCACCGUCAGGAAACCAUGUGAAGGCUAUGGCGUGAAACCAUUCCUGGUGAUCUUAGAAUACAAACAUUUUGGUGAUAAUGAUGCUUCAUGGUUUUGAAUGCAUUUGAAGCAUUAUGGAUGUACUUUAGGGGGGGAUCGUCUUUAAAAAAAAUGACUGAAGAAAACGUCGGGGGAUGAUAGAGUUUGUGGUUAUUAGCAAUCAUAUGUACUACCUUUAGAACUGGAUGCUGUGUUACCUUUUUAUCCAAACUGUUUUCUAGUCAUGCUAUCGAUCAUUUAUUCAGACAGUUCCAUCAUAAAUGCUUGGACGGUGUAGGAGUUUGUGUUUCGUUUUUUAUUGGAAGAAACGUUGAUGCUGUCAAAAAAGGGAGCACCUUAAAAUACAGCUGACAAUGAAGAAUUGUGUCCUUAAUCCCUGCAACUAUAUUCUCACCUUUUAUCCUUAUGUCAUUUUUUUUUAUAUAUUUUUUUAUUGCUUUUCCAUUUUUUUUUUCUUUGAUAUGUCAACAAUGUAAUUGUAGAAUAUGACCUUUCUAGCCUGUAUUUACCCUAUCAAGAUGUGUGUGAUCUAGAUGGUUCUGCUAUCAGGGGCGUGACUGUGAUCAUGUGUGCACGUGAACGCAUGCCAUAAACUGAAACAUGCUAACGAUCGGUUUUCAUUUAAGUGCCAUGAGUCGUGUGUUUGCCAUGUUUGAAGAAUUAAAAAAAAUAAGCAAGCGCACAGCUUGCCACAUCAGUGUCAUAAACGGUUCACCAGACGGUGAAACGUUGCCGUUAAUGUUCGUUAAGACAGUAUUGCAGUCCUCACAGCAGCUGUGAGCAGAAAUGAACUUCUUUUAUCCGUGUUAUUACAUUUACGUGGACUUUGUGAUAUGAAGUAAGUGUCUGUUCAGUUUUUGUAUGUUUUUCCACUUUGCUGAAGGAGGCAGCGACUGCAUUCAGAUACAAUAGAAGUCAUUUUUUUCAUUUGUAAAUCAUGACAUUAGUGCUGAAAGUUACUCUUGCAGUUUGUACAACGAAAAGGUCAAAACAGGUUUUAACAAAAUGUUUGAGGACAAUAAAAAUGUGAAGAGGG